ACCAAUUUGAAUUCCUUCGAGCGUCAUGUUCCCGAUCCAAGAAUUGCUUGGCCCGGCCCGCUAGGCGUCUCCUUGGAGCGCCAGAAGCCUAAACCGGCGUUCGCUCAGAAAAAAAAAAUGCCUAAACCGGCGCUGAGAGCGAGCUCUCCGACAUCGACGCCGAAUUUGAAUCGGAGGCAGUUUCUUGAGCCGAUCGCGCUCCAAUUAAUACGCUGGCCAGCACGAACCCUCGAUCUCUCUACGGUUUUCUCCUUUUUAUAACCCACGGAGAGCGGCGGCGGCGACUGCGAUCGAUCGACCGACCGACCGUGCCCACGGUGCUCUGGAGAAAUUUGAGAUUCAGAUUCAGGCGACAAAACGAAAUCAGAGGAAUCGGAUUGUUGAACGAGGCGUGGCUGGAGAAGAAGCCGCUGAGGCCGAUCGAGAGAGCGAAGCCGAUGGCGGCGACGAAGAAACCCAAGGCCAAGCCUCAAAAACCAGCCAAGGUGACGGCUGCGAGGAUAGCAAAGAUGAUGGCUGAAGGGGACGAGAUGAUAAGAAACAUGACGCCUGAAGAAAGGGCCAGGCUUAUUGCCGAGUCCAUGGCUAAAAAAUCGGCCGAGGAAGCUGCUGCGGCGAAAGAUGAAGUUGGAGAUGACGAGGAGGAGACUGCACCGACACAAUGCGAGGAAGAAUGGCUCGCUGCCAAGUUUCGCUCUAUGUGGAGAAGAUACCUAGCUCCCUGUGGUGUUACCUUCGACCAAACCACAUCUAUCCCUUCCAUGCGUCAUGUGAAUCCUGCUUCGGAUUGCUCGGCCAAGGCCAUGGACACUCUGCAGAUUAUGUCAGUCAAAGUUGCAGCAAUCAACGGGGGCUUGCACUGGCCACUGCAGGUGUUUGGUAUCGUUGCCGCGCGUGAUUACUUGGAUCGUAAGCGCAAUAUUAUUUUCCACCGGCCGAGGACUGACUGCCAAACCAUCACCCAGGAUGAUUGCUACCUAGCACUGUCAGGUCCGACCCGUGCCAUUGUCGUGUCAUAUGAUCCUACAUACCUUGAGGUAUCGCUCAAAGUGAAGGGCGCUACUGAAUCUGAGGAUAAAGAUUUAAGUGCUCUUGUUGUGGUGUUUAGAGCUGGAGCCUGUCCUCAAAGUGUCUUCCCUAGCAGGCUUAGCACGCUGGAAAUUAAUUUUGAUCACAUUUAUCACUCGGUGGAGGCCACGGUCUUUAUAAGAAUCAUUGGCGGGUCGUGGCCGGAUGGCUUUCGGGGUGUAUUUAGUGCUGCCUCCAGUAGGGAUGACACCCUGCAAGUCAAGUUACUUGACUUUGAAGAUGGUGGGUUGCCUGUUGACGCUAAUGGUGUGAUCACGCUCACACGACAUGUGGUCUCUGCUGCGCUUCAGAGGAACCUGAAGGUUUCUGUAAUGGCAUUUCCAGUUAAGGAGGGAUUUGCGGCAGAGGCCAGCGAAGCAGUUUUAGAACCUCAUAGAGCCGGUGUAAGCCCCCCAGGAGUCAAUCUCUGUGUUGGCUCGUGUAGUAUGGAAGUUCGUGUUGCUUGGUCCUGUUUCUGUUGUGAGUGGUGACAUGAGACCAUCUUUAACUCAUUUAAUCUGUGUAUUAUAUGUUGGUGUAGUGGUACUGUGGCAUUUGUUCUAUUGGUGUAUGCAAGAAACCUGUUCCUAGUUUUGUAGUAGUGGUAAUGUGGCAUCUGUUCUAGUGGCAGGUGGUGUUUUAGUGGUGUAUAUGCUACAAUCCUGUUCCAAGUAGUAGUGUUUUGUACUAGCUUCAGUGAGACUAGUUGGAAAGGAGAUUGAGUGUGGAUCUGGUAGUUACUUUCAGAUGUUGUUCAUUUGCUGUAUCCAGCAUCCAUUGAGAUGGCUUUUUC